ACUAACGCCAUCUACUUCCGGUUUGGUGCUUUACCAAUUUUAUCCCUCACAAAAUAUGCCAUUUUUCAGCGAUCCUACUGGCGUUUAACGCCGUUUAUUAAUUAUGUCGGAUGUUAAAAGAGUAAAGAAGACGAAAGAGAUUGAAUCGGAAGCAGAGUCGAGGAUAAAAGAAAUCAAACAGCAAUUAGGAGAUCAACUAAAAUGUCUCGAUCAAAGAUUGGAAUAUCAAAUUCAACUACUCAGUGAAUUACAAGAGUUCUAUAGAAGAAGAGCGGAUAUAGAAUUGGAAUAUGCUAGACAAUUGGAUCGUCUGCAUCGCUCAUAUAAACCCAGAAAAGAUGAGAGAACUAAAGAUUUUUGGAGAUAUUUAGCACCAUGGGAUUGUUGGGAAUCAGUUGUAAAAUCUGUAGAAAAACAGUAUAGAUUCCAUUCAAAGUUAUAUGGGAUUUACUCGAAUAACAUUAGUAAUCGGUUAGCCGACUUAGAAAAUGACGUUCAAAGUUUGCAGAAAAGGUGCAGAGAGAUGGGCGCAAAAGCCCACGAACAAAUUCUUAAAUGCUUGAACGAAUUGCAGUCUUCUUUGAAAGUGUAUAAUUAUACUCAGCAGAACUUUAAGAAUGCCGAAGUUAAAUUAGAAAGUGUUAAAAAGGAAAAAUUAAAGAGUAGCAGUAGUAAAAAGUCUAAACAAUUGGCGAAAACAACCGAAAAGAAGGAAAGAAAAUAUUCAGAGCAGAGAAAGGCUGCUGUAAGGGCUCGAAAUGAAUAUAUGCUAUGUGUUGAAGCCGCUAAUGCUGCUAUUAAACGCUUUUAUGUGUCCGACAUUUACGAUUUAAUCGAUACAAUGGACCAUGGCUAUCACGCUUCUUUAAGGAAUAUUUUCCUCCUUCACGUCUCCUGUGGCGAACAGGCCUGUCAGCAACAAAUGAUAUGUAAUGAUGAAUUAAAGAAAUGCGCCACUGAAAUUGACACUCAAAAGGAACUGCAGGUGCUGAAGGACAACUUUCGUCCAAUUUUCGCUGUUCCACCUCCCUUCGAUUUUCAACGUCAUGUAGACGAUGAUUUGUCGCCUGCAAUAGCACAAGCGGACGACGAUCUAAUCGAACGCGCCAGGUCCCUUAGGGAGCGUAUCGAUUCGCUAAAAUUAUGUACAGAAGAGAUUUGGAAAACUCUAGAGGCUACAGAGCAUUCAUUGAGUAAGAUUUUCGUCGAUGACGUCGACCAAGAAGCAAUGGAUGUUUUGGGUGAUAAUGCCGAACUAGUUAAUAAACAAAACUGCAAUUAUCAAAAACGCAGAAACGAUAGAUUAGAGCAGGAAGAAUUCUACUUAAAGAGAUUAGAAGAGUACUUGAUUAAUAUAAAUUUAAUGACGAGACUAGAAGCUAAGCACGCUUGUUUACAAAAAUCCGUAGGAGAAAAGACGCCGACUCAAGGACCGUUCAAAGAGUUACCCCCAAAGCCAAAAAGUAGACCAUUCCGCAAAAGCAUAUUCAAUAAGCCUCUUAAACUGUUCGGUGGAACUAUCGAAGAGUAUGUUGAAGCUGUUGGAGAUGAUAUACCAUUAGUUAUUAGAAGUUGUAUACGAGUUAUAGUUAAGUUUGGUUUACAUCACCAAGGUAUAUUCAGGGUUCCUGGAGCCCAAUUGGAAAUCAAUGAAUUCCGAAACGCCUUCGAAAGGGGCGAAGAUCCUUUAGCCGAUGUAAAUGACGGUAAAGAUAUCAAUUCCGUUGCCGGAGUGUUGAAAUUAUAUAUCAGGGAACUGAGGGAAGCUCUUUUCCCUCCAAUACUUUUUGAUCAGUUAAUCAGCUGCUCUAAAUCGGCUGAUAUUAUUCCCCAACUACACGAUCUCCUAACAACUGCCCUUCCAAGGCCUGUCCUAGUCGUGAUGAGAUACCUAUUUGCUUUCUUUAGUCAUUUAUCGGAGUACAGCGAUGAAAAUAUGAUGGAUCCGUCGAAUUUAGCCAUAUGCUUGGGACCUACACUUUUUCCAGUUCCACACGAUAAGGAUCAAGUACACUUUCGUGGCCCUGUUAAUGAGUUAAUCAAGAGCAUAAUUAUACAUAAUCAAGCCAUAUUCCCCCAGGAAGGUGGGGAAUUAUACAAUAAAUUUAUGAUGACUGUUCGGGAUGAUACAACCGAUAAUGUUUCCGAUAAUGACGAAGAAGAGGUUAAUGAUCUCUCUGUAGAAGAAAGCUCUACUGAACGUGAUUCGGGAUUGGAAAUGACUGCCUUGUAUGAUUUCACAGGACGAACCUCUUUGGAACUAACCUUUUCGAAAGGUGCCUCAUUAACCGUCUAUAAUAAAGCGUCGGAUGAAUGGUGGCGAGGGUCUUUUAAAGGUAGAAAGGGUCUUAUUCCGGCAAACUACAUAGUUAGAAAAUCUUCCUUAUCGGCGGAUUUUCGAUUAUCAGGCGAUUUUAAACCUGUUAAGGUAGCAAAUGUUAAAUCAGAAGGCGACGAAGAAGAAAACGUUUCCUCGUCGUCCACCUCCUCCGAUGUUGAUAGUAUGGAAGAACCGAAUAUCGACGAGCAAUUAGAGGCAGCCGAGGAGAGACGCACGCCCGAUUUAGUUUUAGACUUACCCAAAAGAAACGAUGGUAUUACUUCAGCGGCCGAGGCUUUUGCUUGUACACAAACAGGAACCAUUAAAAAAGGUCAUAGUGUAGAUAGCGUCGAAGUUAAGGACGACGAAGACGAACCUGAAGAGCCUAUAGCUGCUAUUAAACCAGUUAAACCAAAGCCUCCGAUAAAGGCUAAGCCUUCUUUGGGGAAGAGUAAAAGUCUUACACCUCCAGAUGGAGGAGACGAAUCAAACGUUUAGAAUGUAUUGUUUGUUCAAAACUUUUUUCUCGAUAAAUAUAGGUAUAUGUAUAUAAUUAGGUUUAUAUAUACACGCAUGUAUAUAUAUAUAUAUAUAUAUAUGUUUUAGUUUCUUUACUCGCAGUUGAGACUUAAAGGAGAAAACUUGAUUAGCAAACUUUACUUCAGAAGGAAAAUGUCAAAAAAUUAAAAAAAAAAUCAAUUUAAACUCUUCCUUUUACUUUAUUUUUCUUCUUUUAUUCUCUUUCAAUCAACAUGAACUUUAAAAUGUUCAGUAUCCAAAUAACAGGAAAAAAACUAAGGCAUUUUUUAUUUUUUCUCUUCAUUUUUAAAUCAAAAUGAAAGAAGAAGAGAAAACGAUGAAUGAAAUAUCAAAAAAAAGGUCUUGUCGCCUACAUAUUCAGUUUUAUCUUUAUUCUUCGUUAUGGCUCUCUAUUUCUUUUUUAUCGAUUGUUUUUAUUCCUUUUUCAAAAGAAAGAUCUCUGAAAGAAAGAAAAAAGGAAAGAUAAAAAGACUUUUUUAUAUCUUUUGUUGUUUCUUUUAAAAAACAAAAAUGAUCAAUUUUUGAUUUGUACAAAAUAUCUCAUAUGAUUAUUUUUUGUCUCCGAAAACAUUGUUUGUUUUGGUAUUUUUUUAUGAAAAUACUCUUAUGUUUAUUAUAUAUUUAAUCAAUUAUGAAUAUUCUUAAUCGAACCAAAAGUAAAAUGAAUGAUUAUAUAGUUUCACAAAGGAAAAAUACGAACGUUCAAAAAUGUAGGAUUUCUGUAUUUGAAUUUUCUAGAUGUAUCUGUUUAUAAUUGAAGCGUCUAGCCUAGUAUUCUCUUUGUUUAUGUUUUAACUGAUUUUUUAUUUUUUUUUCAAUUAUUUGUGCCAAAGUUGCGCAAGAGUUUUUCAAGAAUUCUUUUACUUUUCUUUUAAAUUUGCAUGAUCGUCUAGUAAUGUUUUGCAUUGUAAACAUUUUUUAAGUACAUUUUUGUCCUGAUACAGUAUAUUUCUUAUUGAUUUCUUUAUAUGUUAUAUACAAUUUCGAGAUGGAAAAAAAUAGUAUAAAUAUCAUAAACAUAUCUUUUUAUCUUUAAUUAAAAAAUAUAACAGUUAUAGUACAAACUUUCAAACAUUACUUUCACUUUUCAAACUAGUUUGUUCAAGGGAAAGAGACAGAGAAUCUGUUUAAACUAUGAGAAAACAAAGAAAAGCAAAUAUUAUUUGUUUUUAUUAUUGUUUGUUUGUUUUGUUUUUGAUUUGUGUUCAAGAGAGAAUGAGAAAAAGCAAAAUGGUGUAAAUAUCUUUAUCUGCUGCUGCUGCUCCUCCUCUUCUUCUAUAAAGAGCAGGUUAUCUAAUUAUAAAUAUAACAGUAUUUAUGUUAUGUAAACUGUUAAUAGAAUGAAUAAAAGUUGAAAAUAAUGAAAAAA